AUGCCGCCGCCGAGGAUACCGCAGAGCCUACUGGCGCAAUUCAGCUCCCUGAGCCUGAGCGCCGCACGACCGAGACCAACCACGCUCCCACGCUGCGCCUUCCAACCACGCAUCCCCACCACCCUCAGCACGCGCCCCUUCUCCGCAACGGCCGCAGCGUCCAACUGGCUCGCCCCCAAAGGCGGCGAGAGUCGCAAAUCGCGCAAAGGCCGCUGCCGCGUACCCACAGGCGGCAGCAUGCGCGGCACGACAGUCGUGUGGGGCGACUACGGGCUGCGAAUGCGCGACCACGACCGGCGGAUCAGCGCGCAGCAGCUGAAGAUCGCAGAGGACACGAUCCGCAAGCGUCUCCGUGGCAUGAAGUUCCGCAUGUACAUGCGUAUCGCUGCCAACAUCGGUGUAUAUACCAGCGGCAACGACGUCAGGAUGGGAAAGGGCAAGGGUUCGUUUGAUCGCUGGACGGCGAGGGUGGCGGUCAGCAAGAUCAUCUUUGAGAUCAAGGGCGAUUUGCACGAGCAGGUUGUUAGGGAUGCGUUUCGGUUGGCGGGUGCGAAGCUGCCGGGAUUGUAUGAGUUUGUGAAGAAGGGCGAUGCGCCGGUUAUGGGCAUCACCAAGCUCGCCAACGGUGUCACAGAGGCGGAUCUGAAGCGGCCACGCAAGUUGUUGCCUCUUGAGCAGCAGGCCGCGCGCAUCCCGGCGGCGUCCAGCCAGCCGUCAGCGCCGUUGUAG